UUUAGGCUCAUGUGCCUCAAUUCCGAUGGCAUAUUGUCCCCCAUCCACAUGCACUCCCCUCACCACACCUCGCAACUCCAAAACCCUAGCCAGAUUGGCAGACGACUCCCGGACAAGCAGAGGAGGUUUAGCACGAACAAGCACGGACAGGUAGAGAUUGCUAUCGAGUAGACAGGAACAUGUCAAUCUGAGACAGAGUCUCUGGCUAUGGCGUCAGGAGCCCUGAUGUCCUUUGCAGGGAUUCCCACACCAAUUCCGACAAUCUCCAGUUGCUUGAGACUUCGGGCCGCUUACGCCACGGCUUUGCCUGCAUCAGCGCCGGCGGGUGAUACAUCCAGCAGCGUGAACUCAGAUGGGAACAAGCGGUUUUUUGUGAAAAGAUGGACGCGGCCUGUGGAGAAUUCGCCACACAAGGAAGCGGCAAUUGCGUGGGUCAAUGUUGGCCCGUUGAUUAAGCAGCUGGAGGAGAAUGGAAAUGUGCAGCUGAAGAAUGCGGGAUCGUUUCAGAAUAUUCCGGACUGGCAGUGGAGGUUCGCAUUGAAGCGGUUGUGCGAGACUAGGAAAACUGAUAUCGCUUGCCGGCUUCUCAGAUGGCUGCACAGCGAGAACAAUUUUCUCGAGUCUUAUGAUAUCGCAUUUUCAAUUGUCGUGAAUGGUCUGAGCAAGGAAGGGCGGGUGAAGGACGCCUUCCAGCUGGUGGAGCUGUUGGCGACGGAUGAGCAGUGGCUGCCCAUGGCAACUUGUAAUGCGCUUAUUGAAGCCUGCGCCCGGAACGGACUAGCUGAGAAAUCUCUGGAGCUGCUGAACCGCAUGCGCCAGCAUGGGUUGCAGCCGGACAAUGUCACGUACAGCGUCGUCAUCCAGGGUUGCACCAAGGCCAAGCUGGAUCUGGGUACCAUGCUGAAAAUCUACGACGAUAUGAAGACCGAGAAGCUGGAAGUUGAUGGCAAGCUCUACAACGAUCUCAUCGUGGCUUGUGCCAUCGGCUGUGACGCAGACCGUGCUUUUUUCUUCAUGGAGAGGUUACAGGCUGGCGGAUUUGAGCCGGAAAUGAAAGCGUUUAUGGCGUUGAUUCAGGUUUUGGGACAGUGCGGCAGAACCACCGAGGCCGAAGCAAUUUUCGAGGAAAUGAAGGUCUUUGGAUUCGUCCCAAACGUGAGAGCAUACAAUGCGCUACUCGCCGCCUUCACCAGGAAAGGCUUAAUGAGACAGGCAGAGCAGGUCGUUCAGGCCAUUCAAAUGGCUGGUUUGAACCUGAAUGAACGUAGCUAUGGGCUCUUGAUUGAUGCAUACGCCCGUGCAGGGCGGCUUGAACAGGCUAUGUGCAUCUUUGAAAGUAUGAAGGUCGUAGGAGUCAAACCCAAUGCCUUUAUCUACAGUCGGUUGAUGUCUAUGUUCAGAGAUACUGGUCAGUGGGAAGGCUCAAUAGAGAUGCUGAGAGAGAUGCAAGAAGAGGGAAUUCCACCGAACAAGCAUGUCUACAAUAUUAUCAUUGAUACGUAUGGUAAAAAUGGGCAGCUAGAGGCAGCCCUUAGAGUAUUUGAAAAUAUGAAGGCGGAGAAUGUCCCCCGCGAUGUAGUGACUUGGAAUUCUUUAAUUGAGGCCUGUUGUAAAGCUGAACGAUUUGCUCAGGUGCCAGCAUUGUACAAGAGGAUGCAGGAAGACGGGCAUUCGCCAUCUGCCCAUACUUUCAACAUCCUCAUCAACCAUCUUGGCUCUCAUGGCGACUGGGAAACAGUAGAAGAUUUCCUCCGGGAAAUGCAAAACAUGGGCAUCGUAAAGAACGAGGUCACUUACACAACUUUGGUGGAUCUCUACGGUCGAUCUGGGCGAUUUCAAGACGCGGUGAGGUGUUUCGAGAGCAUGCAAGCUGGAGGGGUUAAGCCAAACUCUGCUGUAUUUUGUGCAUUGGCCAACGCGUAUGCUCAGCAGGGCAUGUGUGAGCAAGCGGUCAAUGUCUUUAGGGACAUGGAGAAGGUUGGCAUUGAGCCAAAUUUGACAAUGCUGAAUUUGUUGAUAAACGCAUUUAGUGUUGCCGGGAAGUACUUGGAGGCCUUUGCUGUCUUCGAUUACAUGAGAGAAGUGGAAAUUAGUCCAGACGUUGUUACCUAUACAACGCUGAUGAAAGCUCUGAUCAAAGGGCGCCGAUUUGAGAAGGUCCCUGAACUGUUCGAGGAGAUGGUAUCGUCUGGCUGUAAGCCAGACGAAAUGGCUAGGGACAUGCUCAGGAGUGCCGUGAGGUUCACAGAGGAGAGGCAACGAAAUCCAGAGGCCACAACAACGGCAACACCUUUGGAGUAUUGGAAAGUGUAGACUGGUGAUUUCCAACUGCGCCGACUGUGAAUCUUCGCUUAAGUGGAGUAGGUUUGGGUGGAGACCAAAGUGUCAUUGUAAAUGCUUUCAUCCCAAUCGUCAUCCAGUUUGCUAACUGUUGGCACAUGAGGUUCUGUAACAAUUCGAUGUCAAUUGCGAGAUACUCGAGAAGGGGCAAUGGGAUUGAGGCCACUUCAUGCGCGAGGGAGAUCUUGGCCGACCCGAAGAGAUUAGACUGACCAGAAAAGUUUAGAUAUAACCUAAAUGUGCGAGAAGGCAUGUAUUAUUUGUAAUAGUAUCAAAUUAUAGUUCAUUUGUACCCUGACCGAAAGUGCGUUGUAUCAAAACCUAUUCCACCGAUUUUGUUCGAAUAUGAGACUUUGAUUACGAUCAAGUACAAUUUGAAGGGUGCAGUGUAGGGGCUUAGGAAUAAGAAAGUUAAUGAUAUUUUUUAUUGUUGAGUAAUAAAGUUUCAUACCGGGUGAAGGGAGAGGUACUUUCCCGAAUAUGAUGGAAAAG